AUGGCGGCGUAUGGUGGCUCUCCUCUGCGGUUGAUGCUUCUGACGUGUGCGUGUCUCUGUAGCUUCGUGUCCGUCCUGAGCUUGAAGGUUCCGAGAGGCUUGAUCGAGCCUAGAGCCGUGGACCCGCCGGGCAAGGAUGCACCUGUCGCCGCCGGGGCCUCUCAACCUCGAAGGGCGACGGGUUGGAAGCUAGCGGAGGAGGAGGCCUGCCGGGACGACCUGACCCGCCUCUGCCCCAAGCACACCUGGACCAACAACCUGGCCGUCCUGGAGUGUCUGCAGGACCGCAGAGAGGAAAUCGAUAUUGCUCCUGACUGUAACCAUCUUUUGUGGAACUACAAAUUAAAUCUGACGACAGAUUUGAAGUUCGAGUCUGUGGCCACGGAGGUGUGCAAGAGCACCAUCGCUGAGAUCAAUGAGUGUAACGAAGAGGAGCGAGGGAGGGGGUAUCUGGUGUCAUGUCUUGUGGAUCAUCGAAGCAACAUCAGCGAAUACCAGUGCAACCAGUACGUCACCAAGAUUACCAGUAUAAUCUUCAGCGACUACAGACUGAUCUGUGGCUUUAUGGACAAAUGUAAAGAAGACAUAAACAAUCUGCGCUGCGGCAGCAUCAACAUGGGACAAAAGGACGUCCACUCCCAGGGCGAGGUGAUCGCAUGUCUGGAGAAGGCGCUGGUGAGGCAGGCGGAGCAGUUAAAUCAUGUUCAUUCAAUCAAAGAAGAGUGUCAGAAAGCUAUCCUUCGGGUGGCCGAGCUCUCAUCAGAUGACUUUCACCUUGACAGACAUCUUUACUUCGCCUGCAGGGACGACCGCGAGAGAUUCUGUCAAAACGUUCAGGCAGGAGAAGGGAAAGUCUACAAGUGUCUGUUUAAUCACAAGUUUGAAGAAGCCAUGUCAGAAAAGUGUCGCGACGCCCUGACGACCCGACAGAAGCUGAUCUCCCAGGACUACAGAGUUAGUUACUCCUUGGCGAAGUCUUGCAAGCUGGACCUGAGGAAGCAGCGCUGCAGCCUGGACACCAACCUGCCUCGAGCCCGUGAGGCUCGACUGUCGUACCUGCUGCUGUGCCUGGAGGCUGCUGUGCACCGAGGGCGCUCAGUUAGCGGGGAGUGUCAAGGCGAAAUGUUGGACUUCCGGCGAAUGCUGAUGGAGGAUUUUUCUCUGAGUCCAGAAAUCGUUCUUCACUGUCGCACAGAGAUCGAGGCUCAGUGCUCUGGUCUGCACCGCAAAGGCCGCACAUUGCACUGCCUGAUGCGGAUCGGUCGAGGUGACCGCAGCGCUCCUAUCGACAGCGUCUGUCAGAGCGCAUUGCAGACUUUGAUUCAGUCCGCCGACCCUGGAGCUGAUUAUCGAAUCGACCGAGCGCUCAACGAGGCCUGUGAAUCUGUCAUCCAGACCGCCUGUAAACACAUCCGCAGCGGAGACCCAAUGAUCCUGUCUUGCCUGAUGGAGCAUCUGUACACAGAGAAGAUGGUGGAGGACUGUGAGCACCGGCUGCUGGAGCUACAGUAUUUCAUAUCCAGAGACUGGAAGCUGGACCCCAUCCUGUAUAGGAAGUGUCAGGGUGAUGCUGCACGGCUCUGCCACACACACAGCUGGAAUGAGACCAGUGAGCUCAUGCCGCCAGGGGCAGUUUUCUCCUGUUUAUACCGACAUGCCUAUCGCACAGAGGAGCAAGGACGGCGGUUGUCUCGAGACUGUAAAGUUGAGGUUCAGAGGAUCCUCCACCAGAGAGCGUUGGAUGUGAAGUUGGAUCCGGACCUGCAGAAACGCUGCAUGACUGACCUCGGCAAGUGGUGCAGCGAAAAGACGGACAUGGGACAGGAACUGGAGUGUCUGCAGGAUCAUUUGGAAGAUCUUGUGUCCAGCUGCAGAGAAGUUGUUGGCAACCUGACAGAGCUGGAGUCAGAGGACAUCCAGAUUGACGCUCUGCUCAUCAGAGCCUGUGAUCCUAUCAUCCAGGCCCACUGCCAUGACGUUGCAGAUAACCAGAUUGAUACAGGUGACCUGAUGGAGUGUUUGGUUCAGAAUAAACACCAGAAGGAGAUGAACGACAAGUGUGCAGUCGGCGUUACACACUUCCAGCUGGUUCAAAUGAAGGACUUCAGGUUCUCCUACAAGUUCAAAAUGGCCUGCAAGGAAGAUGUUCUGCGCUUGUGUCCAAACAUCAAGAAAAAGGUGGAUGUUGUCAUCUGUCUCAGCACCACAGUGAGGAACGACACGCUGCAAGACGUUCGGGAGCAGCGGGUGUCUCUGAAAUGCCGCAAACAGCUGCGGGUGGAGGAGCUUGAGAUGUCAGAAGAUAUCCGGUUGGAGCCAGAGUUGUACGAUCCCUGCAAGGCAGACAUCAGCCGUCUGUGUCCCAACGUGGCCUUCGGGAACGCUCAGAUGAUCGAGUGUCUGAAGGAGCAGAAGAAGCAGCUGAGUCAGCGCUGCCAUCAGCGCAUCUUCAAGCUGCAGGAGGUGGAGAUGGGCGACCCCGAGCUCGACUACCAGCUGAUGAGAGUCUGCAAGCAGAUGAUCAAACGUUUCUGCACAGAGACCGAUGCCAGGACCGUCCUGCAGUGCCUGAAACAGAAUAAGAACAGCGAGCUGAUGGAUCCAAAGUGCAAACAGAUGAUCACCAAGAGACAGAUCACACAGAACACAGACUACAGGUUGAACCCGGUGUUGAGGAAAGCGUGUCGAGCCGACAUCCCAAAGUUCUGCCAGUCCAUCCUGAACAAAGCCAGCAAGGACAGUGAGCUGGAGGGUCAGGUCAUCGGCUGCCUCAAACUCAAAUACGCCGAUCAGAGGUUGUCUCCAGAUUGUGAAGACCAGAUCAGAGUGAUUCUGCAGGAGUCGGCCCUCGACUACAGACUGGACCCCCAGCUGCAGAUGCACUGCUCAGACGAGAUCUCCAGACUGUGUGCAGAGGAGGCAGCAGCUCAGGAGCAGACGGGUCAGGUGGAGGAGUGUCUGAAGGUCAACCUCCUAAAGAUUAAACAAGAAGUCUGCAAAAAGGAGGUUCUGAACAUGCUGAAGGAGAGUAAAGCAGACAUAUUUGUGGACCCUGUCCUCCACACAGCCUGCGCUCUGGACCUCAAGCACCACUGUGCUGCCAUCACGCCUGGCAGAGGGAGACAAAUGUCGUGUUUGAUGGAGUCGCUGCAGGACAAGAGAAUCCGUCUGCAGCCUGAGUGCAAGAAAAGACUUCAGGACCGCAUCGACAUGUGGAGCUACGCUGCGAAGGUGGCGCCGGCAGAGGGCUUCUCGGACCUGGCUGUCCAGGUGAUGAUGUCUCCCUCCAAGAACUUCAUCCUGCUGAUGAUCGCUCUGAGCGUGUGCGUCCUCUUCCUGGUGGGGCUGCUGUGUGGUCGGAUCACGAAGCGAGUGACGAGAGAACUGAAGAACCGGUAAAGCCUGGGUUUCAGGAAGGAUGGACCUCUCACGCCCUCCUCCUCCUCCUCCAUCAGUCACUCCAUCCUGUAAACAUCUGGACCCCCUCCUCUGUUGACACCCAAACACUUCAGAGUUCUGAUUGUUUGUGCCCAGACUGCUGGAGGGCGUGAGGCCGUCCGUUCUCCAUGAACGCUGUGGAUUGACUCGGGGGCUGCUGCUCCUGGUUCGUUUCUCGUGACAUUUACCGGAGACUGAUUGUUGCUUUGUCUGCAGCUGCCCGAUCAGCACAUGGAAACACUGAGGCAUACUCUGCUGUUAAAUCCUGAGACCAUGCCGUUGCUUUGAAGCGCCUAUAAUCAUCCGUCAUCAUCCUCCCCCCACCAAAAUAUAAUCUGACCUGCUUCUGUCCGAUCAGUUUAGGCCUUUUGGUUUUGCUGAAGACCGACUGCUCUUCA